AUGAGCCCCCUGCCCAAGAGCGUGAACAAAAUCCUGUCAAGACUUCAAUCACCAGCACCUGCUCAUACCGUUCCUGUUUACCAAAAGAACAACAGCAAUAUCACUCUCUUUGACGAGCUCCCAGAGGCUGAAAAGCAGGCCGCGAUCAUCAAGCUCGAACAGCUCGCUUCUGAACAACCAGGCUCAACCACCCCCAACCGAAAAAAAACUCGGUCUUGCUUCAACUGGAAGACCUUCGCCAUGGUGUUUCUCGGUCUAGGAUUUGUCACCUUUGCAGUGGUCGCCUCGGUCGCCUUGGCCAUCGAUGUCGAUAAGGAUCCAGACUUGGUCGCGAAACUUCGCAUGGCCAACACCAAUCUCGAUCGCAUGAACUUGCUCCCUGACAAUUCGGACUGGUUCUUCGACUUCACCAAGCAGGACAAGUAUACCUUCUCCCCAGGAGGUGUCGUCAAUGCCAAUGCAGCCACCUUUCCUGCCACCGUUGGACAGGGCAUGACCAUGGUGAGAAUGCUGUGUUUCGGAGUUCACCAGUAUAGGAGUACUGACGUUCUCAAGGCUAUGCUCAACCUCGGUCCAUGCUCCAUGCUUCCACCGCAUCUCCACCCCCGUGCUACCAACUAUGUGGUCGCAAUCUCUGGCACAACCAUGACCUACAUGAUCGCUGAGAACGGCGCCCGCACAGUCACAGAGACCCUCAAUGCCGGACAGAUGACCAUCUUCCCUCAAGCCUCCAUCCACACCAUGAUGAACAUCGGCUGCGAGAACGCUCAACUCAUCUCCGCCUUGAACUCGGAUGACACUGGAACCACCAACCUGGCCAAUGCAUUCUUCAGUCUGCCGCAGAACAUCACCGGGACCGUCAUCGGUGGUGGCCUUAACGUCGCCACCAUCGAUGGACGCCUCCCUGACAUCGGUACCGGAUCCAACUAUGGCCCGGAAGCAUGCAUUGCCGCGUGUGCCGCCAAAGGCAAGAUGAUCAAGCGGAGCUUCUAG